AUAUCUAUUUCUGCCUCAUCUGACUCUCUCUGCAGUUUUUUGACAACAAUGGCUGUAAUCACCGUUGACUUUCAGCUCUGCUUCAUCUUCAUCUUCCUGUGGCUCCUCACACGCUUCUGCCUCUCUGCUUUCUUCUUCAAAAAACAAAAAGACUAUAAUCUACCUCCGAGUCCACCAUCUCUACCUGUCAUUGGUCAUCUGCACCAUCUCCUCUCUGUUCCAAGUCACAAAUCUUUUCAGAAAGUCUCUUCCAAGUAUGGUCCUCUCCUUCACCUCCGCGCUUUCAAUAUCUCAAUCGUUCUAGUCUCAUCAGGCUCCAUGGCCCACGAAGUUUUGAGGACUCACGGCCUGAACUUUGCCACCCGUGACCGUGAGGUUCCUAUAAUGGAAAAAUCGUUAUUGUUUGGAUCCUUUGGCUUUGUCUCAGCGCCUUAUGGAGAUUACUGGAAGUUCAUGAAGAAACUAUUAGUCACAAAGCUUCUCGGGUCUCAUUCUCUCGAGCGGACACGGCUCAUCCGCGGGGAAGAACUCAAGACAUUCCGUGCUAUGCUGUUUGACAAGGCGGCAAAGAGUGAGGCUGUUGACGUUGGUGAAGAGAUGAUGAAGCUGACGAAUAACUCCAUUUGCAGGAUGAUAAUGGGGAGGAAAUGUUCUGAGGAGGAUGGUGAAGCAGAGAAAAUCAGAAGCUUGGUGACUAAGUCACUUGGUUUGGUGAGGAAGUUCCUUGUAGCUAGCACGGUUGGUCGACUUCUCAAGAAGGUUGGGAUCUCGCUGUUUGAAAAGGAGAUCAUGGAGGUCUCACAGAGGUACGAUGAGUUGCUGGAGAAGAUUAUUAAGGAACAUGAAGAGAAUCCGAACCAGAAAGAGGACAGAGACAUGAUGGAUGUUCUGUUGGCAGUUUGUGCAGAUGACUACGCUGAGUUUAAGAUUUUGAGGAACCAGAUCAAAGGGCUUUUUGUGGAGCUUUUACUUGGAGGCACUGAUACUUCAGCACAAACAACACAGUGGAUAAUGGCUGAACUGAUUAGCCACCCUGAGAUUCUUAAAACUUUGAGAGAAGAGAUUGAAUCUGUUGUUGGGAAAACGAGGUUGGUUCAAGAAACAGAUCUCUCAAACCUGCCUUAUUUGCAGGCUGUGGUGAAGGAAGGGCUAAGACUACACCCUCAUUCGCCGAUCUUGGUGAGGACUGCAACGGGAGGAUGCAAGAUCGGAGAGUUUUACAUACCACAGAACACUACUAUGAUCAUAAACUCUUACGCGGUGAUGCGAGAUCCGGAUUCAUGGGAGGAACCAGACGAGUUUCAGCCAGAGAGGUUCAUGGUUUCUCCUUCAAAGGGGAAAGAAGAGAUGAGAGAGCAGUUAGCUUUGAACUACCUUCCUUUUGGGAGCGGAAGAAGAGGAUGCCCUGGAACAAACUUGGGUUAUAUCUUCAUUGGAGUAGCCGUUGGAACAAUGGUUCAGUGUUUUGACUGGAGUGUUAAUGGCAAUAAUGUGAAUAUGGAAGAGACUGGAGAUAUGACCCUGCGCAUGGCUCAUCCACUUAAAUGCACUCUUGUUGCUAGAGUUGACCCUUCAGCCAGCUUUGAGCCAGUUGAUGGUUGAGUUUGAUAUGUACUGUUGAAGUUGCAGACACACAGUAUGUAUUUCUGGUAAUGUUGUUUUUGUACCAUUCAUAACAGAACUUGUUGUCUUUUAUGUCUGAGACAUCUGUUAAAUAAGGGAUGGUGAUUGCGAAACUUCAGUUGUAAAUGGGAAAAGUUGCAGAUAACAAGAAAGGCUAAACGCGUCAAAGGAAGAUAGUUGCACAUUUUAGAUUGUCUACUUUUAAGUUAUCAUUAUACUUUCACUACCUACCUGCUACUUCUGAUGAUAAAGUUGUGCUUCCAGCUUCAGAAGAAGGCUCUACUGCCAUAGAAAACACAUGAGCUCUUUUUUUUUUUUUGAUAAACUCUAUCGGCUGAUCGCCUUCUAUAGAUGUCCAAAGGGAGUUUCAUCUUAGUCACUGAUUCAUUGAACUGGUGCAAGCUUUGGGGUAGCCAUUGGAACAAUGGUAAAGUGUUCCGACUUGUAGUAUCAAUGGCGUUAAGGUUAACACAGAAGAGACUUCUCCUUGCACUGUUUAUAACAGAACUUGUUGUCUUACUGUCUGAGACAUCUGUUAAAUAAACUCGUUUAAGUACAGGACAAGGUUGCAAGAUUUUAGUACUAAAUUAGAAGAAAGUUGCAGAUAACAAGAAAAGCUGAAGGCAAUAAUAGUUUACACAUUUUUAGAUAAGUCUAACAUUCAACUUAUUAUUACACUUUCAUUAGUUGCUGCUACUCCUUAGUGAUUGCCUCCAAAGCUUC